GCCUCAUAGGGGGCUGCAUAUCGCUGCUGUAUCAUCUGCUUCCCAGCUCUGCUUCUACUGUAGCUCACAUAAAGCCCCGACUCGGGCUCCCUGCUCUCAACCGGAUCCGUACCUUUCGACAUGGAUGUCUCAUUGUCCCUCGACUACGAGGAUUGCUGUGUCUUGGCGCAUUGAAUAGGACGAAGGAGCAGGGGAAGGAAUGAUGCCGGGACUGCUAAUGGAUUUAGGGAAAGCGCAAGUGACCAUGCCGUGAUCUUGCGCAUCCAGGGCCACCGUCACACUGCCUUGUACAACAGCAGUAGAAGAAUCACGGGGGGAUCGGACCCACGCACCGGGGGGAUUAACCGCUGUGCAUUAAAAAAAAAAAAAAAGAGAUACAACAUGAAGAUUACCUCCCAUCAUCUGAUGAUAACCAGUCUCGUUUUCAGGUCCAACCUCCGGCUCAUCCCGUUUCUGCUGCUGUUUCUUGGUCACACUUGCGGGAUGCCACACGUUUUAAGAUUUGGGGGAAUCUUUGAAUCCAUUGAAAGUGGCCCCUCCGGAGCAGAGGAACUAGCCUUCAAAUUUGCCUUGAACACAAUCAACAGAAACCGCACGUUGCUCCCCAACACCACACUGACCUAUGACAUCCAGAGAAUAAACAUCUUUGACAGCUUUGAGGCCUCUCGGAAAGCAUGUGACCAGCUUUCCCUUGGAGUGGCGGCCAUUUUUGGCCCCUCUCAUAGCUCUUCAGCUAAUGCGGUCCAGUCCAUCUGCAAUGCUCUGGGAGUGCCUCACAUCCAGACCAAGUGGAAACAUCAAGUGUCAGACAACAGGGACUCGUACUACGUCAGCCUGUACCCGGACUUCUCCUCCCUCAGCAGAGCCAUCCUGGACCUGGUGCACUUCUUCAAGUGGAGAACAGUCACCGUGGUCUACGACGACAGCACAGGUACAGGUCUCAUCCGACUGCAGGAGCUGAUCAAGGCACCGUCACGAUACAACAUCCGUUUGAAGAUCCGACAGCUGCCCACAGAGACCAAGGACGCCAAGCCACUUCUGAAGGAGAUGAAGAAGGCAAAGGAGUUCCAUGUCAUCUUUGAUUGUGGGCAUGAGAUGGCUGCAUGGAUCCUGAAACAGGCCUUAGCCAUGGGUAUGAUGACUGAGUACUACCAUUACAUUUUUACUACCCUGGACCUUUUUGCCCUCGACAUGGAACCGUAUCGCUACAGCGGCGUCAACAUGACUGGUUUCCGCAUCCUCAACACAGAAAACUCUCAGGUGUCGUCCAUCAUCGAGAAGUGGUCCAUGGAGCGGCUUCAAGCCCCGCCCAAACCAGACUCGGGCCUGCUAGAUGGAUUCAUGACAACGGAUGCAGCUCUGAUGUAUGACGCCGUGCAUGUGGUGGCAGUGGCAGUGCAGCAGUCACAGCAGAUCACCGUCAGCUCUCUGCAGUGCAAUCGCCACAAGCCGUGGCGCUUUGGAGGCCGUUUUAUCAACCUUAUCAAAGAGGCUCACUGGGAUGGUUUGACAGGACGUGUUCUCUUCAACAAGAGUAAUGGACUGAGGACAGAUUUUGACCUGGAUGUCAUCAGUCUGAAGGAGGAAGGGCUGGAAAAGAUUGGGACGUGGGAUCCUCCCAGUGGGUUGAAUAUGACGGAGACUCACAAAAGCAAGACAUCCAACAUCACUGACUCUCUGGCUAACAAAUCCCUCCGUGUAUCCACCAUACUGGAGGAGCCGUAUGUGAUGUUUAAGAAGUCUGACAAGCCUCUGUAUGGGAACGACCGGUUCGAGGGCUACUGUAUCGACCUGCUGAGGGAACUGUCGGGCAUCCUGGGCUUCCGCUACGAGGUGCGAUUAGUGGAAGAUGGAAAGUACGGCGCACUGGAUGAGAGCACAGGCCAGUGGAACGGCAUGGUGCGGGAGCUCAUGGACCAUAAAGCCGACCUCGCAGUUUCUCCUCUGGCCAUCACGUAUGUCAGGGAGAAGGUCAUCGACUUUUCGAAGCCCUUCAUGACUCUGGGGAUAAGUAUCCUGUACCGCAAGCCCAACGGCACCAAUCCUGGGGUCUUUUCCUUCCUCAACCCCCUCUCACCUGAUAUCUGGAUGUAUAUUCUGCUGGCUUGCUUGGGUGUCAGUUGUGUGCUGUUUGUCAUAGCCAGGUUUAGCCCUUAUGAGUGGUACAACCCGCAUCCAUGCAACCCAGACUCGGAUGUAGUGGAAAACAAUUUUACGCUCCUCAAUAGUUUCUGGUUUGGAGUUGGGGCUCUCAUGCAGCAAGGCUCAGAGCUCAUGCCCAAGGCUCUGUCAACUCGAAUAGUGGGAGGUAUCUGGUGGUUCUUCACCCUCAUCAUCAUUUCCUCAUACACAGCCAACUUGGCUGCAUUCCUCACUGUGGAGAGGAUGGAGUCACCAAUAGACUCUGCUGAUGACCUGGCCAAACAAACUAAAAUCCCAUAUGGAGUGGUGGAGGACGGCGCAACAAUGACAUUCUUCAAGAAGACAAAAAUCUCUACCUAUGACAAGAUGUGGGAGUUUAUGAACAGCAGGAGACAAUCUGUCAUGGUAAAGAAUGUGGAGGAAGGCAUCCAACGCGUCUUAACCUCCGACUAUGCCUUCCUCAUGGAGUCCACCACCAUCGAGUUUGUCACACAGCGCAACUGCAACCUCACGCAGAUCGGAGGCCUCAUAGACUCCAAAGCUUAUGGAGUGGGAACACCGAUGGGCUCUCCGUACAGAGACAAGAUCACAAUCGCCAUUCUGCAGCUUCAAGAAGAAGGAAAGCUGCACAUGAUGAAGGAGAAGUGGUGGAGGGGCAACGGCUGUCCCGAGGAGGAGAGCAAAGAGGCCAGCGCUCUGGGGGUGCAGAACAUUGGGGGGAUCUUCAUCGUGCUGGCUGCAGGACUGGUGCUGUCGGUGUUCGUCGCUGUGGGGGAGGUGCUGUACAAGUCUAAACAGAACGCCCAGCUUGAAAAGCGAUCAUUCUGCAGCGCCAUGAUGGACGAGUUGCGCGUGUCUCUAAAGUGCCAACGACGACUCAAACAAAAGCCUCAGCCGCCCGUCAUCGUCAAGACAGAAGAGGUCAUUAACAUGCACACGUUCAACGACAGAAGACUCCCAGGAAAGGAAACCAUGGCAUAAAUGAUGACCCAUACCCCCGAGCGUACCCCUCAAUAAAAACCACAGAGGGGAGACGGAGGGUACAAAUUAAUACUGACUUAACUACAGACUGAAAACAGGAUUCCUUUUGAACCCACUUGCUUAAGUAGACAGAUGUUUCCUGUGGAAAUAUAGAUGCCUGAGCAGUGUCACCUCACUGUGACAUUCACCUUUUAAAGGGAGCUUGAAAUGAAGGAUUCUCUGGUUUGGGUAGGUCACGUGUGUAUAUUGAAAGCAGAUCAAAGCUGCUUUGUGAUGAAAAAACGUUUUUUUUUUUUUUUUUCUGGUCCACACCAGAAGUGGAUUUAAGCUCUCACACACAAACAGAUGUAUACACACACUCAAUUCUCAUUUUACACACUUUAACACAUGUGCAGAAGGGAAAUCUCUGUUGUGACAGUAACGCCAGUUGUAGUUUUUCUGUUGAUGUCAAUGCUCUUUUGUCUUAUCUCCACGUGUGUGACCCAAUCAGACCCUCCCUUCAGUGGCUUGAGUUUCCCGCAGAUAAUUUGAAUAGACACUAAUCUCACGCCGACAAAGGGAACAGUAGUCAGUGCCAUAUGGUUUAUUAUGAACUGAUGUAUAAAAUUGACAUUUCCGUUGCAAUCAUCUAUGCUGACAUUGUCAAAUGCUCAUCAUUUUCUUCUGUAUCACUUUUCGCGUGCCAAAGUUCUCCUAUUGUGAAGAACUUUUUACCAUGCCUGUUAGGUUCGGAAACCUCUACGAGCAAUGUAUACUGUCAAGUCCUUAAUCAUAUCUGUCCUCACACACUGGCCGCGGUUUUCACUCUGUAUCAGUUGCUGUUUUAAACGCAGGAUUUCUACAAAAGUGUUUGUUUUUGUACAAGAACAAGAAGUUUUGUAGUACUUUGUAUCAUGGUAGCCCCUCCUGUGGACAAAAUAUGUAGCAGAUACCAAUUCAGCCCUCAAACUCUGACAACGGGCUUCAGGCUCUGCUUUGUAGAGUUCAGUUUUUUUUUUCCUUUGUCCAUCAAUCAGAGAUUCUGUCUUUUGUCUGCCAUUCUCAUGAGGCCAGCUGUGCAUACUGUCUGGGGACAAUCUAGUGGACUUGGUUUGCGCGGGAGCAAAGGAACGGAAUUGUAAAUGAAGUGGCGCUCAAAGUAACUAAGGCAGUGACUCAUUCUGACGAAAAGCAGCCGUAGUCCUGUCAGCAGAGUCCUACUGACAACAAAUGUGGGAACCUAACAGAAGCUGUAAUGAGUCAUCAUGAGAGACACAGCGAAACAUGCAAAUGUUGCUUGUGUGGAAUAUAAAUGUGACUACAGCUCCUGUGCUACAAUGAGAUUUUUCUAAGCAUCAAGUCCUGAGAGUUUUUUUUGUUUUUCUUAACUAGCAGAUUAUAUAUAUCCUAUAAGGUUGCCAUGGAUACCACUGAUAUUUUAAAUGUUCCUCUGUAUUGAUACAGUUUGAAAGCCCACUUCUCAGGUGGACAAGCAGUAUAAUUCUGGCAGUUCUGCUCUUUUCAGCUCACAUGCAUGUAUCCAUACCGAUAAAUCUGCUGUAAGCCCCGAGCCAUUAAAUUGGCCCAAAUGAUUUACUGGUCUAGAUCCACAAAUAAUAGCAUCAGUGCAGUAUCAUUAAAGCCACAUUUUCCAAUGCAAACCAGCUUGCUUUAGAAAUUUUAUGUUAACUGAUCUCUGUCAGUAUGUGUAUGUGCGCUAUAAUAGUACAUCUUCUUCCUGCACUGGAAGAAUGAGCAGUCGGCUUGCCAGCGGCGACUCGCAUCUUGAAACAAGGGGAAGAGAAUCUUAAUGGUCUGGUGCAUAAUGUCCACUUAGUUUCAAAAAAUACCACUUCUAGGACUGAAAAAGAAAAAAGAAAAACGUCAAACAACCUCGAAGGGGAAACCUUAACGAUGGGCAGCCUAUGAAUGUAUGAAACAGUGCAGCUGCAGUACCACUGAUGUUUGAUUAAUUAGGACCUUUACAGUGCUUGUAUUUUUCAAAAGUUAAUGUCGCACCUUAGCUUGAAAGCCAGUUUGUGCUUCACUCAUGUUGCCUCGGGUGGGCUUGAUCAGCUUAAGGGCAUAAUGUUGAUGUCAGCUUGUGGGCUGAGGAACUCAUUUAUCCGCUAAUUGUCUCCAGAUGUGUGUUCUCGUUGCUAAAGCGAGACAAACACAUUUGGUCCCACAAGUUUUUAUCUGUUAACUCCAUGUUUCAUGUUUUUGUGAAAUGACAAGCAGGCUCGGUGAAUUGCUAGACCGACUGCCCCUGUCUGAACCCAGUAAAAAGUGCUAUCCCAGGGUUUCACAGAACAAGAAAACAUCCUCACACCGCCAUCACCGACGGAGACGUCGCUACCGUAUUAAUGAAUAUAAUUAAUGACUGUAUUAAAAUUGACAGGGAAGGAAAGAUCCUUUAACUUUUUUGUUGUUCCACCAGUGUUGCUUGUCAUUUUCCAUAUAGCAAAUCUUGUGGUGCAAGCUGAACUACCGAAUACCUGAGAACAUCCAUCAGAAACAUAUCCAAAGGCUUGGCUGUCAAAAACAAAUGUGAGCUCAUGGAAAGUGGCAUUGAUGCAAGGUUUUACAAAAAACGAAAUGUCAUUAAAAAUGUCAUAAUUGUGGAUUUGCCUCGUACUUUUUCACACAGA